AUGGUCCAGAAAAGCCUUCUCUUCUCCCUGCUUGCCUCUACAGCCCUUGGGGCUCUCACCAAGCGCUAUAGCUUUCCACUCCCUGAGUCACAAGGUAGCGAGACAUUCAGUGAGCCGUAUGAGGUUGCUGCCGGCGAGACCUUCGAUGGAGGCAUGAAGACCUACGGUCGCGGCGUUGAAUGCACCGGCCAAGUCGAGGGCGGAGAGGACGAUACCGUCUUCAUCGUCCAGGAGGGAGGUACCCUCAAGAACGCCAUCAUCGGCACCGACCAGAUCGAGGGUGUUUACUGCCUUGGUUCCUGCACUAUUGAAAAUGUCUGGUGGGAGAAGGUCUGCGAGGAUGCCCUGUCCCUAAAGGAGGGAGAUGGUAUCUACACCAUCAGUGGCGGUGGUGCGCAGGGUGCUGAGGAUAAGGUGAUCCAGCACAACACCGGAGGUGAGGUUAUCAUUGAUGGAUUCGAGGUCUACGACUUCGGAAAGCUCUAUCGCUCCUGUGGCACUUGCGGAGACAUCCAGCGGAAGGUGUCUGUCUCCAACGUCGUCGCCGUGUCGGGGUCCCAGCUCGUCGGGAUCAACGAGAACUUUGGCGACACUGCCACCAUCGACUCCUCUGUUUGUGCGACGGAUGUGAAUGACAUCUGCGCGACUUACAAUGGGACCGACGGCGACGAGGAGCCGGAGGAGGUCAGCACUGGCCCUAGCGACUACUGUAUCUAUACCGAGCCGAUUGCGGAAUGCGCGUGA